ACACAUAGACGGAGCUGGCGCGCAUAGCAGUGGCGACCAUCCUGUCUCUCUCUCUCUCUCUCUCUCUCUCUCUGUCAGUGCGACUCCUCCGAGCUAUCAGGAGUAGACUAAGUCAAACUUCCACCGGCUGAAGAUUUGUGCGCAACCUUUGAGGGGAUCCAAGUCGUCAAGGUGUCUGUGGUGAUGUUGCCAUGUGCCAGCUGCCAUCUGCUCUUAUCAUGCUUUAUUCAGGAAUGAUGUCCAGAUGGUGUCUCCCUCCAUGUGUGGUCCAAUUCACCUCUCCCUGACCGCUUCAUGGGCCACAAACCAACCCGAGCAGCCCAGGCCACUAUUUGACACAACCCCACUGUGCACCACCCCAAAUCCCUCAGUCCUAACCUUCACCCUCAGCCCCCUACAUCCCUCUGCCUCGCUUUCUGUUAAGCCUCUCCUCAUAUUCUGACAGUCCUUUCCCUCGUUGAUCCCGACAUGUCGGCCCACGUACCCGCUCUGAUCUUAGUCAUGAUGUUUCGCGGCGCUUUGCUCUCGGUCGGAGACCCUCCUCCGUCCCGCCGGGAAAUCCGCAUCGAGGGAGAUCUAGUGCUCGGUGGUCUGUUCCCUGUGCACGAGAAAGGUGCCGGGAUGGAGGAGUGCGGGCGUGUGAAUGAGGACAGAGGGAUCCAGAGGCUGGAGGCCAUGCUGUUUGCCAUUGACAGAAUCAAUGAGGACAGCGCUCUGUUGCCCGGGGUCUCUCUUGGAGUCCACAUCUUGGACACUUGCUCCAGGGAUACGUAUGCAUUGGAGCAGGCUCUGGAGUUUGUGAGAGCCUCCCUGACUAAGGUGGACGACACAGAGUUUAUCUGUCCAGACGGAUCUUACGCUCUGCAGGACGACAGCCCGCUGGCAAUCGCUGGAGUCAUAGGUGGAUCCUUCAGCAGCGUCUCCAUACAGGUUGCCAAUCUUCUCAGGCUCUUUCAGAUUCCUCAGAUAAGCUAUGCUUCGACCAGUGCCAAGCUCAGUGAUAAGACCCGCUACGAUUACUUUGCCCGCACGGUGCCCCCCGACUUCUACCAGGCCAAGGCCAUGGCCGAGAUCCUCCGGUUUUUCAACUGGACAUAUGUGUCCACUGUGGCAUCAGAGGGUGAUUAUGGGGAAACUGGUAUAGAGGCCUUUGAACAAGAGGCACGCAUGAGAAACAUCUGUAUUGCUACUUCAGAGAAGGUGGGGCGUUCCAAUGCCAAGAAGUCCUAUGAAGCCGUGAUCCGGCAGCUCCUACAGAAGCCGAAUGCCCGCGUGGCCGUCCUCUUCCUGCGUAGCGACGAUGCCAGAGAGCUGUUGGCAGCAGCUGCGAGGCUCAACACCUCCUUCAUCUGGGUGGCCAGCGAUGGCUGGGGUGCCCAGGAAAGCAUUGUCAAGGGAAAUGAGGUGACCGCUGAGGGGGCCAUCACACUUGAGCUGGCAGCCAAUCCCCUGCCGGAAUUCAACCGCUACUUUCUCAGCCUGAACCCAGUGAAAAACCAUCGUAAUCCCUGGUACAGGGAAUUCUGGGAGCAGCGGUUCCAGUGCUCCUUGGGUGGGGGAGGCGGAGCGGGAGGCGGAGGCGGAGGGCUGGGAGGGACGUCUCUCCCGCCGUGCGACGUGGACUUGUCGUUGGACAAGAAUAACUUUGAACCAGAGUCCAAGAUCAUGUUUGUGGUCAACGCGGUGUACGCAAUGGCUCACGCGCUCCAUUACAUGCAACGCAGCCUGUGCUUCAACACCACCAAGCUGUGCGACAGCAUGAAGGCGCUGGAUGGCCGCAGACUCUACAGGGAUUACAUCCUUAAUGUCAGCUUCACAGCUCCUUUCUCUCCUCCAGGCAGUGAGACAGUAGUGAAAUUUGAUUCCCAGGGUGACGGCGUUGGCCGGUACAACAUCUUCAGCUACCAGCGCUCGGCCGAUCGUUACGGUUACGUGCCGGUGGGGGACUGGGCAGAGAGUCUGACUCUGAGCAACGAUCUUAUUCACUGGCCCAGAGUUGUGGUACCCACCUCGCAGUGCAGUGACCCCUGUGAACGCAAUGAGAUGAAGAAAAUGCAGGCAGGCGAGUACUGCUGCUGGAUCUGUACGGCCUGCGAGCCUCAUGAAUACCUGGCUGAUGAGUUCACCUGCUCGCCCUGCGCUCCUGGCCAGUGGCCCACUGAGGAGCUGACGUCCUGCUACGACCUUCCUGAGGACUAUAUUAUGUGGGAAGAUGCUUGGGCCAUCGGUCCAAUUACCAUUGCCUGUUUAGGGUUCAUGUGCACCGGUCUGGUGUUCUGGGUGUUUAUCCGACACAACAACACGCCGCUGGUGAAAGCUUCAGGCCGAGAGCUGUGCUACAUCCUCCUCUGUGGAGUCUUCAUGUCCUACGCCUUGACUUUCCUCUUCUUGGCCAAACCCUCUCCUGCCAUCUGUGCCCUGCGGCGCCUCGGCCUGGGCACUUCUUUUGCUGUCUGCUACUCGGCCCUCCUCACUAAAACCAACAGAAUCGCCAGGAUUUUCAGUGGCGUGAAAGACGGAGCGGGUGCAGUGAGGCCCCGCUUCAUUAGCCCAUCCUCUCAGGUGUUCAUCUGCCUGAGUUUGAUCUCCGUCCAGUUAGUGAUGGUGUCGGUGUGGCUGCUGCUGGAAGUUCCCGGGACGCGCCGCUUCACGUUGCCAGAGCGACGGCAGACUGUCAUCCUCAAGUGUAACGUGCGCGACUCCAGCAUGCUGCUUUCACUGGGAUAUGACGUGCUCCUGGUCAUCCUGUGCACUGUGUAUGCCUUCAAGACCAGGAAGUGCCCAGAGAACUUCAACGAGGCCAAGUUUAUUGGAUUCACCAUGUACACCACAUGUAUCAUCUGGCUGGCCUUUCUUCCCAUCUUUUAUGUUACAUCCAGUGACUACAGGGUUCAGACCACUACCAUGUGUAUCUCAGUGAGUCUGAGCGGGUUUGUGGUCCUGGGCUGUAUGUUUGCUCCCAAGGUCCAUAUUAUCAUGUUCCAGCCCCAGAAGAAUGUGACCAGCCACAGGCUUAACCUCAACCGCUUCAGUGUCAGUGGGGCCGCCACCACGUACGCAUCUCACGCAUCUGUCAGUGCCCACCAGGUCCCAACCGUGUGCAACGGGAGAGAAAUUGUCGACUCCACUACUUCCUCUCUGUGACCACAUCCAGUCCACUCUCUAAAUUUGCCCCUGCGACUGUUAGCCAAUCCAUGAACAUUAUCCCCCCCUACAAACCCAUCACCCCCCCCCCCCUUUCCCCUGAUUUACACUCAGAAAAACACACAUAAAAACAUACGUACACAUACACACAUACAUGCACAAACAAACAAACAAUCUCUUUUGUGGACUUAGAAGUGUAUUGUUUCAAAAAUGUAGAAAGUGUGUAACUAUAAUUAAAUUAUUUUCUAGGGAUGUACAUACAUGGAAUCAACAUUGUUGUAAGUAGAGAAACAAAAGAACAAAAAAAGUUUUUAGGAGGAAUUUUUGGAGCCUUUGUUUUUGAUAGCUUUGUUAUGAUGCGGUGUAAAUAGACAUGUGCUUCAUCAUGGUAGGAGGGUGUGUGUCCCUCAGUCUGGAUGCACAUGUGUGGCUCUGCUUGACUCACCUGCAAUAUCCCACACACUUUUUAUUCUCAUGCUUUUUUGUAGGUCUCAUUGUAAUAACCAAUAAUGUACGUAUUUCUAUUGUGUAUCUGUACAUUUGUAUAUUAUUCUACUGAUGGUUCAAACAGCACAAUGUUGACAGUCUUGUAACCCUUGAAUGAAUGUGGACUAAAACAUAAAGUGCACGGUAUAGGAUGGCUGGAACAGACGUGUACAAAAAUCCACCCAACUCAUCAACUUACUGUGACACUGUGCCGGAACAAUUUUCAGUUAGACAAUUCAUCGAUUCGCCUCUCGAUAGAUUUUUUUUUGCCUCCUAGAUCAAUAUAAAGAACCCGUGGUAGCUGUUUUUGCAGGGAAAAUAUGUUUUGCUUUUGAUACAAAUUUUCAUUUUUCUAUUUCUAAUCAUGGAAUCCCUUUAUCUUAAUGACCAGAGUUCCAGACGUGUGUUCACCAAGGAAACAGUAUUUUCACUCCCACUCUCAAACUGCCUGUUUAUUUAGAGGAUUGUUGUAUUGCAUUUUUAAUAACAACUAACAACAGGACUGAAGAGAUAAAACACAUCAAAUGUGUUUCUUUUGCUUCAAACCUGUCAGUACACAGAGUCAGUCAACAAACAAACACAAAUUGGUGUCUUACCCAGUAAUUACGAAGUUGUGCUCAGACAGUUCAACCACUAAUGGAGGAGAAAGUUCUUCUUUGCUGAACACGUUUAGAAUUUUUACAACUAGUGGGGAGUGGUAGCUUGUUUUCUGUGCCCCAUAGAUACAGUAUGUGGUGAUGUUUUUAAUAUGGCUCUGUGCCUUAAUGUAUGUUUGAUAGUGCUCCAGGUAGGGAUUGAAAAUAGAUCAAUUUUACAUUACAGGGUGGAAAUUACUGGAAAAUGUAAAAGUGACCCCAGUGUAGAGCACUUGUUUCAAGGCAACGCCAGUCUUCUUCCCUCGUAAGCCUUCUGCUAUUGAUUGUUUACCUAAGUGUUGAAACUGAGGAAUUUAGGUUGAAAUGACUUUCUCUUUCCACCCUUCUUUGUCCAGCCUGUGGUUAAAAGAAAUAUGAAAUGGAUAUUUCUGACCGAAACCGAUCAUAAUGAGUUCACUUUAUAUUUUUUACAGCUCGGCUGCACCAAUAAAGAAAGGAAGGGGAAGAGAAAAGCUCAUACACCAAUAAGGUGAAGUUACUGAGUUGUCGACUUAUUGAAGUGUGCAGUUUACAUGCCUGUGUUAAAUGUGUUGACGUUGAGAGGCACAGUGGAGCAGCUGGCUACGGCAGUCCCAGAGAGGCUCACGAGAGGAAACAGAGCACACAAUGUCAGCUGUCUGCAGAUACUACAUCUAACAAAAGAAUGUUAGAGUAGAACUCAUGCAGAACAUGCAUUACAUUUAUCACAACAUCCCAUGCAAUACAAACAGACUCUGCUGGGUGACAGUUUUGAGGGGGCGAGAUUACCUGACAAAAAUAUGAAUUAAGUUUGUUCCAAGAAAGUCUAAAUAGCUUAAACUACUUUAGCACAAGGUUAUAAAAAAUGGUAUUGCUAAAAAAGUGGCCUCCUAGGCAACAAUGUAUUGCCAUCAGGACAAACGGAUCUUAAAUGGGAACAUACAACAAUAUACUGUCUCAAAUGUUUACACAUUAUAUGUGUGAUCACAAUCACCUUUUUUUUCUUUGUCCCCAGACAAGCGUUGCAGAUGUAGUUUCUCCAUGUUAAAAUACACAGAGCAGGCACUGGCAGAACGGUUGAACAUUCAUCUCCUGACCAGUUGGCACCUUUCGCACACCCGUUCUCCAACAGCACCCUGUAAUUUUACACUGAAUGAUAGAUUGAAGGAAUUUGAGAGGAUGCACCAAGAUGAGCCAACCUGCAUAGGGGCGUGUGUGUGUGUGUAUGUGUGUUUAGGUGCAGAGAGCAGAAGGAGAGAGUGAUGUGGCAAAGCAGAGGGGAGCUGCUGCUAGAUUAUGUAAAGCACUCCCACAGCCCAGAAGUCACAGCGCUUCUAUGGAGGCUGAAAGCAUCUCAGAGAUUCACAGUCUUUGUUAGCAGAAGGCUUAGCCAUUCACUCAGUGGUCCUGCUCCCACAAGAUACACCCCGCAUGGCAGGUUGCUACGGACAACCACCGCCACAUCCGCUGCCGGAAUGUCUAUUUGUCUGCAUGUAGAGGGAGGGCGGGAGGAGGGGUGAGGAGAAAGCAAAAGACGAGGAAAUAGAAAAAGUGGUUGCUGGUUGUGAUUCAAAUUGGCAUCGAGUGAUGAGAUUUGGCUCAGCUCGGCCCAGUACUCUACUCCCAGCGUUUAAUGGCCACACAAAUAGAGCACUUAACCCGGGCUCUCCUCUCAUUUAGUCCAGGCUGCUAGUCUCGGACAACAGUCUCACACUCUUCCACUAACCCGGUCUCUUUAAACCCACCUCACCCCUUGAACCCUGUGUCCACCUCAUCUCCACUCAGUGUGUGAAACUUACUGCUGAGUCGGCCUCAGCCAAAGACCAUGCUGGAGCCAGAACAACUGAUUGGGAGCCCCCACACUUAACACUCGUACCGCGGCACAUACCGAUGAGGCAGGCUUGAGGAAGUUGGAGGUGGAAAGAUAGAUGAAGAAUUUGGAGAAAGAAAAAUUAAAACUGGAAAUAAAGAAAAUGCAUCACUUUCAAAUAUAUCACAUGUCUCACCCCACUGUGCUCAGUUUAUCGUGUCAUGUACACAGUAACACUCAGUGGAAACUUUUUUAAAUGGCUUUACUGAUGAAUAUCCCUUUCAUUCAGCAAGCCAUCCACUACGGACAUUGUUCCUCCAUUCAGCCUCUGCCAACUGCCAUGUGCUCUACAAGGGUCUCUGUGCUGUAGCCUCUUGCUGUGUAACAGAAUGUGUCCUUGGCCUCUCGACUUUGAAACAAAACAAGAUCUCUGCGGCAAAAUGAAGCUGAGGUCGAGCUAGACUCUGGAACUGAUCAAUCAAAGCAAUAGUUCCGUGUUUAUGAUACAUGCAAUAAAGAGGCUGUGAUUACGUCAUAAUAAAUAACAUCAA